CUUUCUUGACGUAGCCCACUGCGCCGGGAAAGAUGGCGGCGCUGGUGAAGGGCCUGGGGCAGGCCACGCGACCGUUGUUACCGGUGGUUCAGAGUUGGGACCGUGACGCUCGGCGCUGGGUGCGGGCGCUGCGGCGGAGCCCCGUGAAAGUGGUGUUUCCAUCGGGAGAGGUGGUGGAACGGAAGCUCAGUCCUGGGAAGCAGCCCCGGAAAGGGGUGUUUGAGGCCGGUCGCCACGAGCAGCGACUGAAGCAGCCGCUUCCUGUGCCCCCAUCCCAGACGCCCAGCACCUGGGAAGAGUCCGGGCUUCGCUAUGACAAGGCUUUACCAGGGGACAAAAGGCUGAGCAGUGUAAUGACAAUCGUUAAGUCCAGGCCAUUUCGGGAAAAGCAAGGGAAGAUCUUGCUGGAAGGUCGCAGAUUGAUUGCAGACGCUCUCAAGGCUGGUGCUGUGCCAAAAGUUUUCUUCUUUAGCCGUCUGGACUACAUAAAGGAGCUGCCCACUGAUAAGCUGAAAGGUGUCAGCCUCAUUAAGGUGAAAUUUGAGGACAUCAAGGAUUGGUCUGAUCUAGUAACACCACAAGGAAUAAUGGGGAUUUUUGCCAAACCUGACCAUGUUAAGAUGACAUACCCAGAGACUCAGCUUCGCCAUUCACUACCCUUAUUGUUGAUUUGUGACAAUCUCCGUGACCCUGGGAACCUGGGGACGAUUCUGAGAUCUGCUGCUGGGGCAGGCUGCAGCAAAGUAUUACUCACCAAGGGGUGUGUGGAUGCCUGGGAGCCCAAAGUGCUGCGUGCAGGUAUGGGUGCGCAUUUCCAGGUGCCCAUCAUCAACAAUCUGGACUGGGAAACAGUACCCAACUACCUGCCCACCGACACCCGGGUCUACGUGGCUGACAACUGUGGUCUUUAUGCCCAGGCCCAGACAUCUAAUAAAGCCAGUGACCAUGGCUGGGUAUGUGACCGACAGCUCUCGAAGCUUCACAAGUAUGAGGAAGAGGUGGAUCUAGAAACUGGAGCCAGUAAAGGCUGGCUCCCUGAACUUGAGGUCCAGAGUUAUGACUUGGACUGGACAGAGGCACCAGCAGCUGUGGUGAUAGGUGGGGAGACCCACGGUGUGAGCCUGGAGUCCCUGCAAUUGGCCGAGAACACUGGGGGCAAGAGGCUGGUGAUUCCCGUCGUGCCUGGUGUGGACAGCCUAAACUCAGCCAUGGCUGCAAGCAUCCUGCUCUUUGAAGGGAAAAGACAACUGCGGGUAAGGGCGGAACACUGGAGCAGGGACAGGAGUUCCCACUGAGAGGGGACUGGCAGGCAGUCCUCGGUUUGAGGUUGUCUCCAACUCCUCCUACAUUGUUAAGAGGCUGGCAGAGUUGGUAACUGGCUUCCCGGGCCAUAUUCAGGAGGCAGGAGGUAGGCAUGAUGCUAUUAUAUGGUUAUUGAAAAAAUAAGAAUUGCCAUGAAUUUCUGCUUAUCUUAAAAAAUAACAAAGGUCAAAAUUCUUCCUGUGAUCUCCCGUCUGCCCACUGAUAUUUAAAUUUAUUUGUAUCUGUAUAUUUUCUGUGACAACAUAAAUAGAUGAUCCACAUGGCUCUCUCCAUAUGUUUUUUUAAAAAUUGUCCACCAAGGAGCAUUUUUGUGUCUAGAAAGUUUAUGAAGGCAUCAUCUUGGGCAGGGAGGACCAUUUCCUCCACCAGCUGGUGGGUGUCUUGCAGUCACUGAGCACUGGGUAUAGGCCUGGCCCCGUCACUCACUUCUCUUCAUUGGUCAGUGGAAAAUAAACUCCUGUGAAGUAGAGACCAGCAGAUGACACUAAAGUUUUAUUUCAGUGUGGUCAGUGGGGCUCAACGGCUCUCUUUUCCUCCUUGGCCUAGUGAUGAAGACAUUGCUGAGAGAGAAGACUCGGGAAGCUACGUGCCGCAGCUGGCGGCACUCAGUAGCCAGCUGUUCUUUCAGCUUGGCUGUCAGUCUCUGCAGUGGUUCAUUCAGGCCUUGGCUUAGAGAGCCUCUGUUUAUGUAUAGCAUGAUUUUUCCCCCCAUUUCUGCUGAAACAGCUGGUAGAAGCAGCAUAACUCAUAGGUGGUGUUAUUUAUACCUUCUUAGCGCCUCUGCGGAUACCUUUUUGAGGACUCUUUGUUCAGAAAAGGAGGAAACAGUUUUAAAAUCUGCAGCUUAACUGUGCAUCCGUCAGGAAAGCUGUACUCUUUUCACUAACUUCCUGCCGUAAGUCCUGCUUUAAAUAACACUUUUGGUUAAAUGUAAUGACUCAGUUACUUAUUUACAUCAUUCACCUCUCCUGCAUAGCGGAACAGAGCUGCUUAGGAAGAUGCCAGUGUUCCUGGAGCUGUGUCAACAGAGGGCUCCUGGGAGGGCAGAGAGGCUGAAGGUGAGAUCUUCAGGCCCUUAGGCCCACAACGCUGCAGCAAGACCCUGCUGUUCUCUCAAACCCCCAGGGAACCAGGGCAGGCUGGAUCCUUACUCACCAGGUGACAGCCGGGAUAUAGCGAGGGACAUGAGGACAAAUGCAGAUGAUAAUUACUGUAAGUCACUAUGGGAAGGGGGCAGGUGAGACUGGAGUAAGGGACUUAUUUCAAGCAUUUUGUAACCACAGAGAAUUUGGUUGGAGUUGAGGACAGUAACACACCAGCAGUGUAGUUUUUCCACAUCCCUUCUGUACAGCAGCUCCUGGAAUGGUUGGAUUCCUUGCGAGCCUUUCAGCUGCUCAUUCCAGGGAGAUCCAGUGAGUUGCCAGCAUGCCCAAGAGAAACCAUGGCUCUCCUUCCUUCCCCCUCGGCUUCCCCAGCUCCCUAGUAAAACUUUUUCUCGAGGGAAGCAAAAGAUGGAGCAUGACUCCUGCCCCAAGAGGCAGGAUUGCUUUGACGAGCUCGAGGGGAUAGGUUUUUGCAGGAACACUCUCUGGUGGGCUAUGCUCUCCUAGGCUGACCGGCCAGAACCACUGCUCUGGUGCCCCACUCUGGUCUGCACAAACGUCCCAGGCAAGCAGCCCACAGAUUGUUCUUGAGACCCUCUUCCUACCGUCAGCUUUUAGAAGGUAGAAGAGCCUUUAUACUGUGCUAAGCCCACAAAGGCUGGGGCCAGCUUCACAGAGCCAUAAUGCCUGUCACACCAGCCAGCUAAAUCUGGGAGGCAGCCCAGAGAACUGUACCACUUGAGUCUAUUGACAUUCAGUCUCUCUCAACACCUUGGAAAAGUGCUAAAGAAACAAGUUACUAAAAGGAAGCUUGUGUCUUUCCAGCAUGAAACCAGUCUCCUGCAGUUUUUGUCCCUGGGUUAUUGUUCCUGCUGAUUUUUGUUACAAAAUAAAGAUCAAUGAAAGAAUAA